GUGUAGUUGCACCGAGGUCGUCCUCGCCCUCGACAUCUCAUCGGUAAUUUGUGAGAUUAUCCACUGGAGUUGAAAAAUAAAUCAUCAGGAAAAUCAAAAUGGACUCUACCGAGUCCAAUUAUUGGAGGAAAGAUGAGACGUGAUCAGAUGAAAGCCCCUAGACAUUUUCAGGGACAACAAGUGGGGAAUGCCAUUACAAGGAACUGCGUAUAGCUGUUGUUCCUGAGAAUUUAUACUGGAUUCACAGGAAAAUUCAUGAGACUCUAUUGAUCCUUCGUGAGGAAAUUUCAAGAAAACGAAAAAAAAGUGACAAAUUUCAGUGAAAAAUUACGGAUUCUUCUGACUCGUCAUGGAAAUUCCAAAACUAAUCAGUGUCAAUAGAUAGAGGUUUUAAAAUUCUGUAUUCAUUUUGAAGAAUCAUGGUAUUCCAUCAAUCCCUGGUGAAGCAGAAGAGAGAAAAAAAAUAGCAAUAACCACAAACAUUCGUACAUCGAUACAGCUAUAUGAAAAUCACAGAUUCGGAAUUUUUAGGCUAUAUUUAGUUAUCCUAACACUAAAAAUUGGGAACUUAAAUAUGACCGAAUACGAAGCUUCCAUUCAGAAGCAGAAAGAAGGGUUAACGCACUGAAUGGACCUUUCAGUUGUCAUCAUUGUGUGUCACUAAUCUCCGGUGUCAAAGGAGUCACGAAAAUAUUCUUUCAGCAGAGGGUUUAGAGAUUUGGGGCCCAUGAAGAGGUCAACAAGUGGUAAAAUGAGUGGCAGUGGCCAGAGUUCCUCGGAAAAUGGCACUGACCAUGAGUGUGGAUGGCAGGAGUGUGCUAGCUGGUUAACAAGAUGUGGUGCAUUGCGAGCUGAUCACAAGGCCAAUUGGCCGACAGCAACAGCCUUUGACCUUGCGUACACCCUGAGGGAUGGAGUACUUCUCUGCAAUCUCUUGAAUCUCGUCGAUCCUGGGUGCAUCGACAUCAAGGAUGUCAGCCAGAAACCACAGCUCGCUCAGUUCCUGUGCUUGAGAAAUAUCAAAUUAUUUCUCACCGUUUGCUCAUCGACUUUUGGACUCUCUGAUUGCGAUCUCUUCGAGGCAUCUGUCCUCUUCGAUCUGUCCAAUUUUCACCAGGUGCUCUGCACACUCUCCGCUCUCUCCUAUUCCUCCAGAUUUCGUCGCAAGGGAAUUCCAGGUUUUUCCGUUGGCACAGACAGAUCCCAAGAAGAUGCAUACAAGGACCUCCAGAGUGCAGGAAUCGGACGAGAGAACGAGGGCCGACGGCGGAGGCUACGCAGGAGGGAUGGGGAUGAGGCAGGUAGUGGAUUAGGGGACAGCGAUGAUGCUGUCAACGAGGAGGAUGGGUACGGUGUUUAUUGCAGUCAUGCACAGAGCGAAGAAAUCUACCAGGAUUUGUGUAAUCUCCAUUUUCCACCUCCCCCAUCUUCUGUACAGGGUGGAACGAUUUCCGGUGGUGAAAAACGAGAUUACGUUAUCGAGGAGCUAGUGGAGACCGAGAAGAAUUAUUCAGAGGUGCUGAACAGUUUGAUCCGUCAUUUUGAGAGGCCUCUGGCAUCACUGCUGCGCCCGGAGGACUCAGCAAGAAUAUUUUUCGGCAUCAAAGACCUGGCGGAGAUCCACACGGGUGUUCAUGGUGCCCUGAGGAAGGCCCGCGACGGUGCAGCGAUAGCCCAGGUGUUUCUCGAUUGGAGGGAAAAAUUUCUCAUUUACGGUGACUACUGCGCUAAUUUGACUUUAGCCCAGAACACACUCCAGGAGGCGUGUGCCAAGAAUGAGCUGGUGAAUCAGGAGGUGAUAAAGUGCCAGCAAGAGGCGAAUAAUGGUAAAUUCAAGCUGAGGGAUAUACUGUCAGUGCCUAUGCAGAGGGUUCUGAAGUAUCACCUUCUGCUGGAUAAACUCGUUGAGGAGACGCCCAAUGAGUGGACUGAUGAUGUCAGACAGCUGGGGAAGGCCAGGGAAGUUAUGGUUGAUGUUGCACAAUAUAUCAAUGAAGUUAAGAGGGACUCUGAUACUUUGGACAUCAUUGAGCACAUUCAGGCGUGUAUUGUUGAUUGGGAAGUUGCUCAGGACACCCAUCUCAAGGACUUUGGCCGUUUACUUAGGGAUGGUGAGAUGAAAGUUAAGGCGCAUGGAGAUCAGAGGGUUAAGGCUCGUUAUGUAUUCGUCUUCGAGCAGGCGGUGCUCGUGUGUAAAGCAGUCAGGGGUGAGCAAUAUUGCUACCGCGAGACCCUGAAACUCGAUGAUUAUCGGCUGGAGGAUCUCGUUACGCGGAAGACUCUCGGCAAGGACUGCAGGUGGUCGUAUCAGUGGCUUUUAGUUCAUAAACAGGCGUACACUGCUUAUACCCUUUAUGCCAAGACCGAUACACAGAAGCAGAGGUGGAUCAAAGCUCUUGAGGAUGCCAUUGAUAAUGUCAGUCCAGCUGCCUGUCGGCAGACUACUCACAAAUUUCGAUUGACCACUUUUGAAACAGCCAGAAGCUGCCAGAGGUGUGGAAAAUUCCUUAAGGGCCGGAUUUUUCAGGGCUACAGUUGUGAAGUCUGUCGACUUGCUGUCCACAAACAGUGCAUUUUCUACUCUGGACGGUGCAUGCUGGUGCCACCACCACCUCCACCACCUCCUCCAGUUCCCUGUGAGCGUGCGCUGUCAGCUAAAUUGUGGUUUGUUGGAGAAAUGGGAAGAGAUCCAGCUGCUCAUAAACUGGAACCCAGAGAGGAUGGGACGUACAUGCUGAGGGUACGACCAGCGGGACAACAGAGAUUAAAACAUGAAACCAAUUAUGCACUGAGUAUCAAGGCUUAUGGUGCAGUGAAACACAUCAGAGUCUUCAAGAGGGACGUGGAGGGUGCUGACCUGUAUUACCUGAGUGAAUCCCGUUUCUUCAAGAGUGUCGUUGAAUUAGUGGAAUAUUACGAACGUGCGUCUCUCUCCGAGAAUUUCGAAAAACUCGAUCUCCGACUCCUGUGGCCCUUCAGGAGGGUUUUGGCGAAGGCGCUAUUUGAUUUUCGACCUGUCGAGCGCAAUCAAUUGAAUCUACGAAGGGGAUGUCGAGUGGUGGUCCUCAGCAAAGAGGGAGACGCCAGGGGCUGGUGGAAGGGAAAAAUUGGGGAUCAGGUGGGAUUUUUCCCCAAGGAGUACGUCGAGGAGGAGUGAGCUACCAGUGGCCCUAGUAUAG